CUUGAUCAUAUGUUUUCAGGCCUACGAAGAUGGUAAGAAGGAAAAGUGAACCAAGUAGAGGUGGUUCAUAUGGCGCUAGCACCAGUUCACCACAGAGUACCCUUAGAAGAGGAGUAAUAACACGUAGUCGGCACCAAUACAUUCCUCAAAGAGAAGUAGAGACACACAGCCAGCCCCACAGCGAUCCUGAAAAUGAAGUACAAACACCGGAAAAACGGUUCUCCAGAAGCAGCCUCUUGCUGCAGGGUCCAGAAAGUUCAACUCAUGUGAAAAGGAAGAGAGCAACAAAACGUGGCUACAAAGCACUUAAAGAGAUAAGGAAAUAUCAGAGAUCAACUCAACUAGUGAUACCAAAGACACCAUUUGUCCGUUUGAUUAAAGAGAUUUUGAUGACUGUUUCAAGAGAAACCAAUGUUAGCAGAAUUGAAAGAUCUGCUGUGGAAGCUUUGCAGGAAGCAGCUGAAAUGGUUAUGGUACAGUUAUUUGAAGAUGGCAUGCUCUGUGCAGUACAUGCAAAGCGAGUAACAUUGUUAUCUCGUGAUAUUCAUCUAGUUCUCAGGCUGACAGGAACUCGUGUCUUUGGGACGAAUUAAUAAUAUAUGUCUGUUCAUUGGAUACAUUUGUUCUGUUGUAAUUUUCUUUUAAUGUAUGACAGCAUCCUGGUUCAUGGAUACUAUUGUAAUAGUUAAGUGCCAUCAUUGACUUUGGAAAGUGGUUUCUCUACAUAUACCAUUUUCAGCUGUCAUUUAUGAAAGUAAUCUAAUGAUGUUAAGUUUUAUAAUAAUUUAAAAGUCAACUGAUUAUUUUUAUAUAGAAGCCAUCAAUAGUAAAUACAAACAUAUUGUGAGUUUCUUAGUCUAGACUGGUGAAACUGUGAAGUGUACGUGUACCUUUCCUCAUAAAGUUAUGACAUUACAGAAAUGUACAGGGUGACUGUCUUAAUCUUAAUCUUAGAACAGAUGGGUUGGAGGGGGGGGGGGGGGCACAGACAAGCUGGGUCUGACAGUCCCACAUCUUAUUUAUAUUCCAAAAAGACAAAAAUAUUAAGCAGCAGUGCUGAAAAUAUUUCUUUUACUGUUUGUUUUUAACUGUACCAUAUGUUGCCUUAAAAAUAAGGUUGUGUUCCACCAAAAAUCUGAAAAUUAAAUUAUUCAUUGUUUAGAAACCUUCUUAAACAUUUACACAUUAUAGUGCAUAGUAUGAGCUGAUAAAAAAUGAAUUACUUUUUAAGACGUAUGUGUUACUGAUCUGUACUGUCUACACUAUCUUUGCACAACAUUACAGAUUAGGACAGACCCAGGCAUUUUCCACAACUUUAAAAAUUUUUUUUGUUUGAUUGUCUUUGCUUUUAUGACAAUGACCUCAUUCCCUUUUGGAAACACUUUCUUCUCAGUGGUAAUCGCAUAUAGUUGUGCUGCCAACUUAUGAAUGUUUCUUGAGAGAUCCUUCUGGUUAGCUGUCUGUGCCAUGUCUGUCUUAUCCAUACCAAAUCCAGUUGCUUGAGAAAUAGCUUUCUUGAAAUACCAAGUUCCGUGUUUUCUUUGUGCACAACAAACGAAUUUAUACCAGUAAUGUUCAAAAUAGCAUAAAACAUACACAAUGGCCUGAGUCUUGUUUGCCUUCCAACAUUAUAUUCUGAGCACCUGGCAUCAACUUCGUCCACUCCACUCUUUGCUGAAUUAUAGAACAUGACUCUCUCUUGCCUUCUUUAAAUAGUCUGUUUCUUCAUUGAUUUUAUUGUUUGUAUGCAUCAGCAGGGUUACGCAUCUAUUUUUCUUUUGUACAUAUGACACCAAUAUGAAAUCAUUGCUAAGUACGAAUAUGGAUGAAUGUAGUUUUCCGUUUUUGUGAGGCAAGAAUUCCAAAGGAAAUUUUCCUUUAUUGUUGCUGUGUAAGGUUGAAAUCUGCGAAGUUUUCUAGCAAGAUUGUUGCUUUUGAAUGAAUUGUCAAGGCUAAUAUUCCUCCCUGUUCCCUUCAUUGGCUCUACAAGCCUGACCACAACAUUGUCAGCUGCAUUACUCACUGUAAAAACCUGCAAGUUACUAUUCCACAUGUACUUCCAAAUUUUUUUCAUCUGCCAAGAUAAAUAUUUUGAUCCCUAGUUUCCAUGCUAUGAAGCAAUAAACGUUCUGAAAGAACAACAUUCCAAAAAGAUAGUAACAUUUCACACACUGUAAGAUAUUCACUUGUUGCAUAAUGUGUUCUGCAAAUUUUUGUGACUCUCUUCAUAACAUCACUUAUAGGGACUAACUUCUCACUUUCUUUAUGUUCUUAGCUUAUAUUGUCCAAUCUGACACUUCUCAGAAGAAAAACAAAAUCUUUUCAGUGACAUACUUGGAGGAAUGAUUUGUUCCUAUGCCACAAGAGUCCCAAAAUUUGUCCAUAUUUGUUUUACCACCGUAAAUAAAUGUACAAAAGACUCAAAAAUGCUUUAAACUCCUCUUUUUUGAAGUUUCUUGGAAUAUGCGGGUCACUUUUGUAUAGAGAUACUAUGUGAGCUACUUAUGUAUUUGUCCUCUCUAAUCAAAUGAACAGUUUUCAGGCCUCGACAGUGAUGUUAGCUUUUCUGGCUCAGUCACUGAUACCAAGCAAAUGUGUAACUAUAUUGUAAGAUUUGAAGCAAACAUUUUGGUUGGGAACAUUUUUCAGGCAUUUAAUUUGUACCUUUCUCCACAAACUGUAAGAUAGUGAUUCACUGGAAGAGGGAUUGCAACUAAUCAUACUAGUUUACAGAGAAUCUCAAUUAAUGUUAAUGAAUGUACUCAUAUUUAUGACAGGAAUGUCAUUAUCUUCAUUGACUGAGAGACCCAGUUUGUCAGUUCUAGGGUGAACAGCUAACAUGCCAUAGUCAAUUAAAAAAAUUGUUUUUAAGCCUUUUUUAACCUCUUUGUGUAAAAAUGCAGAUACUGUUGUGUUCUGUCCGGUUAUGUUAAACAGUCAAGUGUAAAAAGGAAGGGUCAGUCUAGGCCUAGAAAAAACAUCUUUAUAUUGAUUUUUUCUAUGGAAAAUACACUUUGACAAUCAAAGGAGAUCAUUUUCCUAUGUCUUUUUAUAAUCACUCUCUUAAUGUAAUUGUAGUCAAAUAAAAACAUGUGCAAUUAUAUUUUUCUAAAAAUAAAUAUAAAACUUAUAAAUAUGGUA